ACGUGACGUGACGUGACGCUGUACCCUUCUCUCGCGCAGGUGGACGCUCCGCAACUCCCGAGAUAAUGAAUGUGGAUUAGAAGGGAUAUGUCCUUACUGCUUCCAGUUCCUGGUUCCUGAUAGCCACCGGGUGCGUCUCAAACCAAAGAUGAAAGUGACUCCACAGAUAGAGAAAAUUCUUAAACGAGAGGCGAAGAACCAUAAACUUAGUAUGAAACAGACAAAGCUUUUGAAAAAGUACAGGGAGUCAAGGAGUGCUGUGCUGGUUACUUGCAACUCAUGCAACAAAACAACAAGACAUUAUGGUAAAAGCAGGGAUUUUCUGGCUACCAAGACACACAAUUCUGGCACUCCAAGUAUUAAAUCUAGCCUGAGGACACCAGAUGUAAAAAUUCAGUCUGCAAACAAAGUGACACCUGUAAGCUGCAAUAGGCUGGGAUCUAAAGGGAACACUCCCUCAUCUCUUCCCAGAACCUGUGUAUCCGGACAGGCGACAACCAGCUCUGCUUCCAAGACUCCCCGAAACUCCAAAUUUCACUUUUCUAAGCUAAAACGGAUGCUUAACCUAGAAGAAAAAGAGAAGAGCCAGAAGGCAGAUUUGAAAACCUUCUUGACUUUACUUUAGUUAUACAUUAUUUCAAAGUAAUAAAGAUUACAGCAAUAAGUAUUGUUCCAGUUUUAGUAAA